AUGAGGAUCCGGUUGAAUUCAAAUGCCCUUGUUCAGUUCCCUCGUAUCGUCGCAAAUUGUGAGGACACCAAAUUAUCAAAAGUUAAAAAUAGCUGGUGGGGCGACGCGACGUUCGCUCAUCAUAUGCGGCUGUUGCCUCAGUCCAUCGCUGCUGCUCUUUAUCGCAAACCGGCGACCUUUGCCGCCGUGAAUUGCAGAUUGACUUCCGGAUUGGCCUGCCCUAUGCAGAAGCAGACAUUCCGCCCCAAAAAAGUCCUGAUUUUAAGCAAAGUGACACGGUAUGAAUUUGAGAAACGGCUGCAUAACAAUGCCGACGACAAACAGCUGGAAACAGUGUUAGGUCGUCGAGGAUCUGAUUACAACCUACUGUUUUCCAAGCAUGAAAUCCAUCAUGCUUAUUUAAAAACGAUCCAGUCUGAGCUUGAAAAAGCAGGCGUGGAAUCGAGAGUAGUACAGCGGUCUGAAUAUACUGAAGAAGCUGUGCAGUGGGCAGAUGCAGUAAUGAGUGCUGGUGGCGAUGGUACUUUCCUUCUCGCUGCAUCACGAAUCCAUCAAAACAAUAAGCCCGUAAUUGGCAUAAAUACGGACCCUCAAGGGUCGGAAGGUUACAUGUGUUUGAUGAGGAAACUGCCAAAGGAGCAUUUUAGAUCAGCGCUUCAGCGAUUACUGGACGGAGAUUUCAGUUGGUUGUAUCGUCAGCGUCUUCGCAUUGUGCUGAGAAGCGACGCUCCAAACGGAGUUGGUGAUUCAGUCGAUUUACACGAUCGGCAGUUGAACAAGGAACCGUACACUUCUCGAUGGAUGGAUGUGUCUUCUAAGCCCGGUGCGUCAACUCAGCGAACACCGCAACAGCGUUCCCCCCGAAGCACUGACGCCAGUCCAUUUUCGAGUACUGCUAAAAAGAAGCGUACUCGUUCUUCAUCGGAGAAGGUGACAAUGCAAUUACCGGUCUUGGCUCUGAACGAAGUAUUCAUCGGUGAAAGCUUGUCUUCUCGAGUUUCCUAUUAUGAGAUACAAAUUGACAAUAGCAAGAUGGUUAAACAAAAAAGCAGUGGGAUCGCAAUUUGCACAGGUACUGGUUCUACAUCGUGGUAUUUCAAUAUCAACAAACUGACUGAACAAUGUGUUUCUGAAUUGCUUGCUAUAACCUCGGAUCGCUGCAAGGUCAACUUACCGGUGGACGACAAAAAGGUCAUAAGUGACAUAUGUACAAAAUUCAAUCAACAGCUCAUAUUUUCACCUGAUUUACGACAGAUGGCAUUCACAGUACGGGAUCCCAUUUUUAACGCAACAUUUCCACCGACGGUACCUCGAGGUUUCGCUGAGAAGAUAUUGGUUAAAAGUCGUGGUUAUGAUGCACAUCUGGUAGUAGACGGAGGUGUCUCGUAUCGAUUUAACGAUGGAGCUGAAGCUUCGAUUGAAGUUCACGAAGAGGAUGCUCUGCAGACGGUUGUAUUUAGAUAG